AUGCUCCAACAACCGAACAAUGACCUGCAAAAGUGCCUUUCGUACAAGGGCAAGCUGAAUACAGAGACUCAGGGCCAGGUGCAAGAAUCAAUGUUGAGAAACAGCCGAGUUCUGACAUGGCUAAACUGUCUUGAAUCCGAUCUUAUUCUCGUCGAUGCAAACAUCGACGACCCCGGCAUGCCCAAGACAACCCCUUUGUCUGUACUGUGUGCCACCUUGGUUACCAGUAUGGUCACUGCACAUCCGGAGGAUGUCGUCGUUUUCCAUUCCGUGGCCAGCACUUCUUGCCUAAAGACUCCUGGUACGUUGCUGGUGAGGCUGUUGGACAUGAAGCGCUGUGAUCUCGGCUUUAUCGACGAUUGGGGCUUCGUUGAAGGGCUCGAAAACUACGACUUAUCGAGUUUAUGCGAUUCGCUGUACCAUCUUAUAGCACAGUUUUCCGCGCAGACUGCCGUCUACUGCGUCAUCGAUACCAUCUCUCUCUUUGAUAACCCGAGAACGCUGCCAGAUUUGAAGACCGUAAUGGACUGCUUCCACGACAUUGUUCGGGACACCUCGCUGAGCCCAGCAGUGAAGAUUCUGUGUACAAAUCCGAUGCGCAGCAAGAGAACCAUGAAGCAAUUGCCGAUUUUUCAAGGUGACCCCACCCGCCUCGUCAAUUUGAUAACAGCUACAGCUGCUUUCACAACGGCAGCGCCAAUAUCAGAUCGAGUGGUUGGAAGGGCAAUUUCACGACAGUCUCCAAACUCCAGGUCCCGAAUUCGGGGCAGAUAUGGAACCGACUUGGACAACACCUGGUGA